AUGGCAGCGAACACAAUGGGAACUCUUGUUAUGGUUGAAAGCUAUAAUGAAAAUUCUGAUCCCCAGUUGGCAGCAAUUGAGUCAACAAUUCCCUACAUUCGUGAGGCAAUCAACGUGCUUGAUAUUCAACAGCCUUCUUCUCCUUUCAUUAUUGCCGAUUUUGGUUCAUCUCAUGGGCGCAAUUCAAUGCAUGUUAUGAAGUUUAUUAUUCAAUAUCUGAAAGAGACCAACAAAGUAGAAGAUGAAAAACAAAUUCUCGUUGUUCAUAAUGAUCAACCCACUAAUGAUUGGACACAACUUUUUAAUCUUCUUAAUAAAGACAACUCCUAUCAUAGUGUCGCUAAUGGUCGAUCUUUCUAUGAAUCAUGUCUACCUCCAAAUUCUCUCUCGAUCGGUUAUUCGUCCACUUCGCUUCAUUGGCUUUCACGUAAACCAUGCAAUAUAUCAAAUCACUGCGCAUCUCUAUUUGCACAAGGUGACGAACUCAAAGCGUUUCAGGAACAAGCUCGUCUCGAUUGGACUCAUUUUCUUGAACAUCGAUCACAUGAAUUGAUUCCCGGUGGUGUACUUAUUUUUCUCAUUCCUUGUGUGGACGAUCGAGGAUUGAGCGGCAUCGAUAUUUUCAGAGAACUUCUCUAUAAAUGUGCUAAAUCAUUGCUUACUUCACAAGAAUUACUUGAUUAUACAUUUCCGAUAUAUCAUCGUUCAUAUUUAGAAUGCAUCGAUGAUCAACUUUUUGCUCGUUGUUCUUUUCAAUUGAUUAAAUCUGAUAUUGGUUCAGUUAAACUACCUUUUAUCGAGCGAUGGCAAAACAAACAAAUGACAGUGGAUGAAUUUGCUCGAUCAAUAACAUUAUAUAUUCGUGGUUGGUCUGAAUCGACUCUUAAACAGGUACUAUUAAUAAAUAAUCGAUCAAAACAAGAUAUCGAACAAAUACUCAAUCGAUUUUGGUCUUUAUUCGAUCAUGAAGCAAGAAAAGAAUUUUAUCAUUUAUUAGACAUUUCCAUAAAUCUUACCUAUUUGAUUUUGAAAAAAAUGAAGGGAAACAUUGAGUAA